AACCCCCUAGCAAGCAAGCCCCAACACCAGCACACCAGCACACCAGCACAAUGGGUUCCGGCGAUGGUUCUGGCGGGUCGACGGAGAGCACGGGCACUGGUGGGAUCCUGUGGCAGAUCAUUUGGCUCAUCCUGCUGGUGCUGGCGGCCGUGUGGGUCUCCUGGUUCUGCGCCUGGUGGUACACGCUUCUCAUACCCUUCACCGUGUGUCUGCCGCCCCUUGCCGCGGUAACAGACGUGCUCCUACGGGGGGUCCAGCUCACCUUCGUCUGUGCCAAGAACCUGAUUGAGGCCAACACCUUCGCCGAGGCCUGGAACACCUACCCCUCCGCCGUCCCGCCCACGGUGCUGGUGGUGACACAGAGCUCAGGCUAGGCCCUCGGAACACAGGGGCUGACGGGGUGUGUAGGGGGGCUGCAGGAGUACAAGUAGGGUGUUGAAUCUCCUAUGUAGGGUAUCUGAAUUUGUAACUCCUUCUGUUUCUGUUUCUGGUACCAUUUUUGUUUGUUCGGUACAUUUUUCUUUAAUUCUUCGAUAUGUGUAUGUUUUUUUUGGUACUUUUUGUCUGUCUGUUGGUACUUUUUCCUUCUGUUUAUCUGUUUCUCUGGUACUUUUUAUUAAUAUGGUACCUUCUCUCUCUCUCUCUCUCUCUCUCUUGGAAUGAGACUAUAUUACUACUAUUACUACUACUACUACUACUACUACUACUACUACCACCACCUACCUGCCAUGCCUCUACUAUUCACUGUGUUCCAACUUUAAUGUUUUUACGAGAGGAUUAUUAUUUUUAUUUACGUAAUGUGUUGUAUACAUAUUAUAUAUCAUUAUUAUUAUUAUUAUUAUUGCUGUCUGUUCCGUAUUAUGUAAAAAAUGUGCCAAGUUCUGUUAUAGCCGCUUAAUUUUAUGCUUAUAUAUUGUUUUAUCUUUAUUUUUUUAAUUGCGAAGGUGACCGAGGUAGGAGAUGUAUGUGUGUGUGUGUGUGUGUGUGUGUGUGUUUUAAUUCUUCACUGGUUUGGCUACAGAGCGUUGUGUGUAUAUGUGUGCGUUUCAACUCCUCUGUGUCUUGUUAUGUGUGUGUGUGUGUGUGUGUGUGUGUGUGUAUCUUAUCUGUGUGUAUGUGUGUGUGUGUGUGCGUGUGUUUUAAUUCUUCACUGGUUUGGCUACAGAGCGUUGUGUGUAUAUGUGUGCGUUUCAACUCCUCUGUGUCUUGUUAUAUGUGUGUGUGUGUGUGUGUGUGUGUGUGUCUUAUCUGUGUGUAUGUGUGUGUGUUUUAAUUCUUCACUGGUUUGGCUACAGAGCGUUGUGUGUAUAUGUGUGCGUUUCAACUCCUCUGUGUCUUGUUAUGUGUGUGUGUGUGUAUCUUAUCUGUGUGUGUGUGUGUGUGUGUGUGUGUGUGUGUGUGUGUGUGUGUUCGUUCUUCCGCUGGUUGUGACAAAUGUAAAAUGACCUGAAACUGCACAAGCCUCGCCUCGACAAAGCUUAACUAAUCUGUCUUUCCGUCGCACGCACACCACCGAAACAAAAGCUUAACCCUUUCCAUCCCUGACGCAGACGCCGGCAUCACAGCAUGGAAAGGUUCAAGAGGAAAUGGAAGAUGGUUAAUCCUCCUCUAAAUUCCUCUUAAUCCUCCUCUAAAUUCCUCAAUCCUCCUCUAAAUUCCUCUUAAUCCUCCUCUAAAUUCCUCAAUCCUCCUCUAAAUUCCUCUUAAUCCUCCUCUAAAUUCCUCUUAAUCCUCCUCUAAAUUCCUCUUAAUCCUCUUUCAUUUCCUCUUAAGAAGUUUAGAAGAGGAUUAAGAGAAAAUGGAAGAGGAUUAAGAGGUUUAGAAGAGGAUUAAGAGAAAAUGGAAGAGGAUUAAGAGGUUUAGAAGAGGAUUAAGAGGAAAUGGAAGAGGAUUAAGAGGUUCAGAAGAGGACUAACGAUGAUGCCGGAGUGAAAGGGUUAAUGUCUAUAGUCAAACUUAUGGAUCUAUAUUCAAAACUAGACAAUAUAUUUAAACCCAGACAUCUAUACUUAAACCCAGACAUCUAUAUUCAAAUUUAGACAUCUAUAUUUAAACCUAGAUGUCU